GCGGGGAGAGUGCGCGAGUUUAGUAUAAAAGGCAUCGACCGGACGUGCGCCGAGACAAGCAAGCGGUAAACUUGCCCGAGGCAUCUCAGCAGGAAGCCCCCGAGCCGCGUCGAACGUCUUCUAGGUAUUUCGAGGAACGUCUACAGCAUCAGAGUCAUGAACGCCGUUCUCUCAGCCGCCGUCUUGCUCGUGGCGUCGCUGUGCGUCGUGCACGCUGGCUACCCAGCCCUGCUGCCGUACGGCUACGGCUACGGCGCAGCGCCCGCCCUGGUAGUGCCUAAGGUGGUGGCACCCGUGUACACGCCAGUGGUAGCCAAGGUGCCCACAGCCGUCAGCUACUCCUACUUCCACGCGGUCCACCCGCCGCCGGUGAUCAAGCUGCACGCAGCGCCAGCCCUGGUGAAGCUGCCAUAUGCGCCGUACUACCACUGAGGGACCUGCGCGGCCUCCACUACUUCCAACGCAAAAAAGCGGCACCAGCCACAAGCCUAUAUCAGUUUCCGUGACCUUACUCCCGACGGUGCUCGGAGCUCGGCAACUGAACUUGGUUUCGUACUCACCCCCUCGGUCAAGGGACACGGCGGGAAGUUGAGACAGCUCCACGGCUGACCAAUCUGCAGCACGUCAGCAAUGUACAAAGCAGCCUAAAUAAAGGCUGUAUUAUUUA